AUGUCCAAACCCAUCCUUUUCAUCGGCGCAUCUGGCGCAAUGUGUAAGCUGGUCAUUGAGCGCUUCAUGAAAGCUAGCAAUGCACAGUUUAUUCUGGCCGAUAUCAACCUGGAACCUAUCGAGGAACUUCGCGCAACUCUUCCGGCAGGGCGGGCAACAUCACUUAAGCUUGAUCUGUUUAACCAUCAUGCACUCCUUUCCGCAAUCAAGGGCACAGCACUAGUUGUCCUCGGAGCAGGGCCAUACACUCGUACUUCACACCCAGUGAUGGAAGCCUGCUUGGAGGCUAAGGUUCCAUACCUUGAUUUCGACGAUGAUGUUGAGAGUACCCAGGCAGCCUUGGACAUGUCUGACCGCGCGAAGAAGGCAGGAGUGGCAUUCUUUAUUGGUUGUGGUGCCUCGCCUGGAAUGAACAACAUCCUUGCUGUUGAUGCGGCUAGAAGUCUUGAUAGUGUGACCUCUAUCGAGCUUUUCUGGCUGGUUGGUAAUGAGAAAUCUGGAGCCGGUAGGGCCGUCAUGGAACAUCUCAUGCAUAUUGCUUCCGGUCCUUGCCUGACUUGGGUCAAUGGCAAACCUGCGCUCACUGAAUCCUACCUGGAAACCAAAUAUGCGCCGAUCAUAGGCUCUGGCGAAAUGAUGCUUCAUGAGACCGCUCAUCCAGAGCCCGUUACCCUUCCCCGGCUUUAUCCCAACGCCGAUAGCAUCAGGUGUUACGGUGGUCUUUAUCCGCUAACCAAAUUUGGGUGUGCACGAGGCUUGGGUAACGCUGUGCGCAAGGGGUUUUUGCCUAUUGGUGAAGCAGGAGAUUUUCAGCUUAAGGCUCGGCACGGCGAUUUGCAACCGGAGAUCGGUGGCCAAAUUCUUCGUGAGCUUGAAGUCCAGUUGCCUGGCUUCAAGAUCGAUACUGAACCGGGUAUCCGGCUUCUCCAACAGGCCAAAGGAUCCAGUAAAGCUGCCUCUUAUGCUCUGGAAGGAGUAAUUGACCAAAUAAAGAGGGGGGAAACAUCCAAGGAAGAAGCGCGUGACUUCUUCAUCGAAGCUUCGGGCUACGCCGAAAAAGUGGAGACGGCAGGGGGCCUUCUGGUGCGAGCUAUCGGCUUCCGCAAUGGUCGUUCAACUACUGUCACCAAGCGCACGCCGUCGUGUGCCUUUAAGGAUUCGUAUCUGACGAAAAGCAUGGGGACCAUGACUGGGACAUCUUGCGCAGCCUUCAUGGUCCUGGCCCUUCAAGCUGGACAGACUCUGAGCGGCGUUUUCUGCCCCGAAAAUUGGGCCGAACCUCAGGCCUUCUACAAAGCACUUGAGACAUGUGGUGUCCCACAUACUCAAUUGCCGGAAACGUAUACAUAUUAG